AUGACAUGUCACGAAACGAAUGAAGAAAGUGACCAGCAGGAGUACGAGGAGUACGAUGAAUCGACAAUGAUGCCAGAAGGGUUGGUAGAAGAGUUGGAAGAAUUGGAAGAGAAGAAGAAGCCAAAUAUGGCACAAAAGGCAAUCAAAGGACAAGCCAUAGCCAACCUGCUGGCAGAAAGAACCGUCAAUGAUGAGCUUGAGCUUUUACGGACAUUCUUCCCAGAUGAGGAGGUACUAGCUAUGGAGAAAGAGUUGACGGAACCAUACAAAGGGUGGAGGCUGUUCUUUGAUGGGGCGGUCAAUUACAAAGGGUCAGGCAUUGGGGCGGGGUUGAUAUCAGAGACAGGACAGCACUAUCUGAUGGCCACGAAGCUUAACUUCAGCUGUACUAACAACAUGGCAGAGUACGAAGCAUGUGUCCUCGACCUCAGGAUGGCAUUGGACAUAAACAUACUAGAGCUGUUGGUAAUCGGGGAUUCUGAUUUACUCAUAAAUCAGUCAUUUGAUAAAGGACAUCUGCGCACAAUUCAAGAUAACCUACAGGAACUCUACCGCCUACUGGCCACAGAUGAAUGGAGCCGUAGAGGCCGCCAACAAAAACAUCAAGAGAAUCCUGAGGAAGAUGAUCGAUAA